AUGACAAAACAAAUUCUUGCAAGAAUUGAGUAAUUUUUCUAAAAAAUAGUCAUCUUUGAUUUUAGGUAUACAAUUAGUUAAUUAGGCUUACUGAAGUAGAGGAGUUUGUAAAUUCAUUAAAAAAUGAGAGAUCAAUAAGUAAUAAAAAGUGUAAUGAUGAUUAAAUGUCACAAUUAUCAAUAGAAAUCUAACAAGAAAUUAGCUAAUAAAUUAAAGAAUUACUGUAAAGAUAAAGUUAAGAAGAAUAGAUUUGGUAAUCUCAAAUCGAGGCUAAAAUUAAAAAUUUUUAACUAAUCAUUGAAUAAAUAGAAAAAUAAAAAUAAAACCUUAGAGAUUUUGACCAGGAUAUCAGUUUAACAAAAAAUAUAGAGACUUCUCCAGAAUGGAUUGAAAAAAAUAGAAUAAAUGUACAAUAAAUAGUUAAUAAUAUAUAUGAAUAAACAAGUAGAUAAAGAUCUGUUUCAGCAGAAUCCUAAUAAUUUUUACACUAAGAAGAAAAUUAAAGUUAAAUAGGAAAAUAUUAUAAAUUAAAAUUAGAAUAGAAAAAUUAAAUAAAUUAAUAUUGUUCUGGUUUUAGAUAAGUUAGAGGAGAUGGUAAUUGUUUUUAUACAGCUUUUGGAUUUUAAUAUUUAUAAAUCUUAAUUAAUUAAUUUGAUUAGAAUCAGUAUAAUUAGUUUAUUGAUAAUAUAGUGAAGAAAACAAACUUUAUAAUUGAAUAUAAUAAUAUAAAAUUAUAAGAUGAAAAAAGUUAAAUGUUAUUAAAAGAAGAGUUUAUUUUUAGAUUGAAUUUAAUUAGAAAUAUAGAAGAUAGAAAUGAGAGAUAAAUUUAAUUGAUUAAGCAUUUUAGAGCUUAUGAAUAAGAAAAAGAAUAAUUAAUAGAUGGUUGUUUUUAUGCUUUAUCUACUAUUUUCUUUAAAAAUUUAAGUUUAUUUAUAAUUGAGUAAGGUGAAUUUAAAGAUCAUUUCCUUGAAAAGGAAGUGCUUUUAAAAUGGGAAUAAGAAUGUAAUGAUAAUGAAAUUGUAAUUUCCUCCUUAGCGAAAUAUUUAAAUAUGUAAAAAUUUCUUUUAUUUUAAGUCAUAUUUAAGUCUUCUUCAUUGAUAAAGAACAUCUUUCAAAAAAGGACUAUAAUGAAGAUUCUAAUUAUUUAAUCAUUUUAUUGUUAAAACCAGGACAUUACAAUAUUGGAAUACAAUUGAAAUGA